GCGGGGCGGAGCCGCGGGGGAAGGGGCAGCAGGGCCGAGGACGACGGCCGCGCCCGGCCCUUCCCGCCGCCCUGCGGAGCCCUGCCGCGGCCCGUCCCGCCCGGAGAGCAGAAGCACCGGGGAGGGGAGUGGGGACCGCAGGAUCAUGGAUUUCCCAGGACACUUUGAGCAAAUCUUUCAGCAGCUCAACUACCAGAGGCUCCAUGGCCAGCUUUGCGACUGUGUCAUCGUGGUGGGGAACAGGCACUUCAAAGCCCACCGGUCGGUGCUGGCAGCGUGCAGCACGCACUUCCGAGCCCUCUUCACGGUGGCCGAGGGGGACCAGAGCAUGAACAUGAUCCAGCUGGACAGCGAGGUGGUGACGGCGGAGGCCUUCGCCGCGCUGAUCGACAUGAUGUACACCUCCACGCUGAUGCUGGGCGAGAGCAACGUCAUGGACGUCCUGCUGGCUGCCUCCCACCUGCACCUGAACUCGGUGGUGAAGGCCUGCAAGCACUACCUGACCACCAGGACGCUGCCCAUGUCCCCGCCCAGCGACCGCGUGCAGGAGCAGAACGCACGCAUGCAGAGGUCCUUCAUGCUGCAGCAGCUGGGGCUGAGCAUCGUCAGCUCUGCGCUCAGCUCCGCGCAGGGCGCCGAGGAGCCAGCGGCCGCCGUGGGCGCGUCCCUGCGGGGCUCCGGGGAGCCGCGGCCGCCCUUCCCCAUGCGCCGCCUGCACAAGCGCAAGCAGUCCUCCGAGGAGCGCGCGCGGCAGCGCCUCCGGCCUGCCGUGGACGAGGCCGCGGCCGACGCGGCCGCUGAGAGCGGCCCCUCCGCGGUGCACUCCCGCGAGGACUUCUUCUCGCCAGACUCCCUGAAGAUGGUGGACAACUCCAAGGCCGACGCUGUGGCAGACAACCAGGAGGACAACACCAUCCUGUUUGACCAGUCCUUCGGUGCCCAGGAGGACGCUCAGGUGCCCAGCCAGUCCGACAACAGCGGGGGAAACAUCUCGCAGCUCUCCAUGGCAUCCCAGGCCACGCAGGUGGAGACCAGCUUUGACCAGGAGGCUGCUUCUGAGAAGAGCAACUUCCCCUGUGAGAACCCAGAGGUCAGCCUGAAUGAGAAGGAGCACAUGAGGGUGGUGGUGAAGUCAGAGCCCCUGAGCUCCCCGGAGCCACAGGACGAGGUGAGUGAUGUCACUUCACAGGCAGAGGGCAGUGAGUCGGUGGAGGUGGAAGGAGGGGUGGUGAGUGCGGAGAAGAUCGAGCUGAGCCCCGAGAGCAGCGACCGUAGCUUCUCUGACCCACAGUCCAGCACUGACAGGGUUGGAGACAUCCACAUCAUGGAGGUGUCCAACAACCUGGAGCACAAGUCCAGCUUCAGCAUCUCCAGCUUCCUGAACAAGAGCAGAGGGGGAGGCUUUGGCGCCAGCCAGAGCAGCGAUGACAAUAUCCCGAACACCACUAGUGACUGCAGGAUGGACAGCAGGAUGGACAGCAGGAUGGAUAGCAGGAUGGACAGCGACACCUCCUACCUGCUGAGCCCGGAGUCGGGGCCUGCUGGUGGCCACUCCUCUGCCGGCGUGUCUCAUGUGGAGAACCCCUUCAGCGAGCCCGCAGACUCCCACUUCGUGAGGCCCAUGCAGGAGGUGAUGGCUCUGCCCUGCGUGCAGACCUCGGGGUACCGGGGGGCAGAGCAGUUCGGCAUGGAUUUCCCGCGCUCGGGCCUGGGGCUGCACUCCCUGUCGAGGGCCGUGAUGGGCUCCGUGAGAGGCGGGGCCGGUGGCUUCCCCGGCUACCGCCGUAUCGCCCCUAAAAUGCCGGUGGUGACCUCCGUCCGCAGCUCCCAGCUGCAGGACGGCUCCUCGGGCUCCCAGCUGAUGCUGAACGGUAGCACCUCCUUCGAGGGCGGGCACCCGUCGCAGCCCGGCCCGCCGCAGCUGACCAGGGCCUCAGCCGACGUCCUGUCCAAGUGCAAGAAGGCCCUGUCGGAGCACAACGUGCUGGUGGUGGAGGGCGCGCGCAAGUACGCCUGCAAGAUCUGCUGCAAGACCUUCCUGACGCUGACGGACUGCAAGAAGCACAUCCGCGUGCACACGGGCGAGAAGCCCUACGCCUGCCUCAAGUGUGGCAAGCGCUUCAGCCAGUCCAGCCACCUCUACAAGCACUCCAAGACCACCUGCCUGCGCUGGCAGAGCAGCAACCUGCCCAGCACUUUGCUCUAGCGCCCGGCCCUGGGCCCGGGGCGCUGCCGGCGGGGGCGCCCUGCGGGGCUGCGGGCCCGGGGGCGUGCCCUGCGGGCCUGGGGGGACGCUGAAGGUGUGAUGGUGCCACACACUCAAAAGUCUUGGUUCUGUCAAUUGGGGAUAUUUCUGUACCUACCUCACAGGGGUGUUGUGAGGCUUAACCAGCUGUCAGCGAGGACCUCGCUGCGCUCCCACGGUGUGCGCUCAGGCCUUGGGCUGCCGGGGAUGCAAUCCCCACGGCCGGGCAGUUCCUUUGCAGAGCAGAGGGGUGAGAGCGUAGUUGUCUCAUCAAGUAGCAGGUUUGGAGAGUGAGCAACUGAAGUGCAAAUUUCCUCUUUAUUAUUAUUUUUUUUCUUAUUUAGUAUUUUGUAAAAGUGGAAGCAUUUAAACAAGUGACCUGUAAGAGAAGUUGCUGCACUGUGUGCGGGCAGCAGCGCAGCAGGCUGCCAGGGCCUGCUGACCCCACCCGGGCUGCAGCUGCCCGGCACAGCGCUUCACAGUGUGCUCAUUAUAAACAUAGUGUAGGGUUAUGGAUGUCUGUUUGGCUGUUCGUAGUAAAGGACACUGUGUAUCAAAGGUGCUGCAGUUGAAUCCAGGACAGGUGACUGCACAUCCGCCCUCUGCAGCCGCACCUGGGGGGUGGCUGAGGGUUUCUGUUCUGUAGGGCCUUGUAUUCAGUGGUAAGUGAAGUACUGUUUCUUGUUCGUGCUACUCCUAGCAGUAUUUUAACCAGUUUGUAUCUCCUGUGUUACAGUUCUAUAUACACACAGUCUGGAAGAGCUCAUCCUUGUCUGCUUUGCCGCUCUGAAGGAGAGGGGCGAUCGGUGAUGGCUUUUAUCUCUGCUGGGUGCUCUCCUGCCAUUCCCAGAGGCUGGCAGUCACCCUGUCCCUGUCCCCAGGCAAGCACUGUCCUCGACACUCUUAUCUCCAGCCUUUAGUUUCCUCCUCUGCAUACUGACUGCCUUUCCCUCACAGCUGCCAUUAGAAAGGGUCCUCAUUCACCACAUUUCU